AUCCUUUGUUAAAUAGCUUCCCCUCUAAUGGCUUUUGCUCUGGAAACAGCACCUCCAAACUGCUGCCCGAGACAGCACUCCCCAGCAUGAGGCCUGCCCUGCUCCUCGUGGCCAGGGCAACAAACCUUUGCCUUAGCUGCUUGCUUCUGCUCUCCGGGGUAGGCCGAGGUGCGGUAGCUAAAGAGCUCAAGUUGGUGACGUUGGUAUUUAGGCAUGGAGACCGAAGUCCCAUUGAAACCUUUCCUAACGACCCCAUUAAGGAAUCCUCAUGGCCACAAGGAUUUGGCCAACUCACUCAGCUGGGCAUGGAACAGCAUUAUGAACUUGGACAGUAUAUAAGGAAAAGAUACAGAAAAUUUUUGAAUGAGUCCUACAAACAUGAACAGGUUUAUAUUCAAAGUACGGACGUUGAUAGGACUUUGAUGAGUGCUAUGACAAACCUUGCAGGCCUGUUUCCCCCAGAGGGUAUCAGCGUCUGGAAUCCCAGCCUACCCUGGCAGCCCAUCCCAGUGCACACACUCUCUCUUUCUGAAGAUCGGUUGCUGUACCUGCCUUUCCGGGACUGCCCUCGCUUUAAAGAACUUAAGGAGGAGACUCUCAAAUCGACGGAAUUCCAGGAGAGGUUGCAUCCUUACAAGGAUUUUAUAGAAACCUUGCCAACAUUCACAGGAUACCAUACCCAGGACCUUUUUGGAAUGUGGACUAAAGUCUACGACCCUUUAUUUUGUGAGAGUGUUCACAAUUUCACUUUACCCUCCUGGGCCACAGAGGACACCAUGACUAAGCUGAAAGAAUUAUCAGAGUUGUGCAUCCUGUCCAUCUAUGGAAUUCACAAGCAGAAAGAGAAAUCUAGACUGCAGGGGGGUAUCCUGGUCAGUGAGAUCCUCAAUCACAUGAAGAGUGCAACUCAGCCAUCGAACCACAGAAAACUUGUCAUGUAUUCGGCACAUGACACUACCGUGAGUGGCCUACAGAUGGCACUAGAUGUUUACAACGGAAUCCUUCCUCCCUAUGCUUCCUGCCACAUAAUGGAAUUGUAUCUUGAGAAGGGGGAGUACUUUGUAGAGAUGUACUACCGGAAUGAGACCCAGCAUGAACCAUACCCCCUCACGUUGCCAGGCUGCACUUCCAGCUGUCCUCUGACGGAGUUUGCUGAGCUGGUUGCCCCUGUGAUCCCCCAAGACUGGUCCAUGGAGUGUAUGACCACCAGCAAUGACCAAGUUCUAAGGGUCGCCCUUGCCGUUGCCUUUUGCCUGGUGUCUGGUGUCCUAGUGGUGCUGCUGUUUAUCCUCCUCCGCCACGGGCCCUGCUGGCACAGGGACCCCUAUCGGAACAUCUGAAUAGAUGGCUGGCUAAGGGCGGACACACCGGAUCAACCUUCUGGGACACAGCAUCUCUCAGUGAUGCCUCAUUCGAAGGACAGGCUUUCACCGUGUGGACAUCACCCUCCCCACACCCUUCCUUUCGAGCCUGUCUAGAGCAGGGUCUGAGCUCAUAGAGACUCAGGGACUGAAGGAUGAGCCCCAGGUUACCUGGUUAGGUCUCCAGAUGGUUACCCUCUUCAUUGUAGUGCAGGCUUCUCAUUCUCGGCUAGAAGGAGGCUCUUCUGCAAAGGAUAGUUACACUCUCUGGCACGGAUGUCUAGAAAGAAAGAAGAAAUCGAACUCCAAUCAGCCUUUUUCCUGCAAAGAGCAAAAGGUUACAAUGUGUGCCAAAGACAUAGAUUAAAGAAGACUGGAAAAUGAGGACAAUUAAACUAGAAGUAGUAUCAUGUAGGAUGCUUCUUAGGAAGUAAGACCCAAUUAGAAGGUAUAAAUAAAUCAUCUCUUUAGCUGUUAAGUAGAUUGAAUACAAACAUGUACACACUCCUGAAAAGAAACUCCUACCCAGUGUUUGGUAGCUAACAGAUUUCUGUAUGUGUAUGUGUGUGUGUUAACACAUAGCUGUAUUGAAACUGCCUUAGAGAGAGGCAUUUCAUGCUCAGAACCUGUAAUAUCAACUCCUGUAAUGGUAGCUCAGGUCAUUUCCCCCACAACUUCUAUAAUGGGAAAUAACUGGAAAUUCCAGGCAGCCACGUUUCUUCUUUUUUACCUCUACCAUCAUCAGACCUAGAUACUUUUAUAGUUCCGAUUUCUUUAUUUUAUCUUAAAAGUAAGAGAUUUACUUUGAUGAGAACUUUUCAUGGCCAUGAUGAAAUAAUAAUGUAUUUAAUCACCACAAAUAGAUCUGAAUUUCUCAAGUGACAAACUAGAAAGAAAAGUGAGCUGAAGGUUGAUGACACCCUGCCUCAGCUCUGCACUGGCUUCAGACCAACAACUUGGAACAAGUUAUUUUAAGUCUUAAACCUUGGUUUCGUAAUCUAAAAAUGAAGAGUCUGGACUAGAUGAACAUAGGAGUCACAUCUAGUUCUCAUGUUUGGUGAACAACUUUUCAUUUCAUGCUACGGACUGGUCAUUGUCCAAGCAAGCACUUUCAUGAAUGAUACCAUUGCAUUUAGCCUGAAAUGUAUUCUAAACAAUCUUAUCCCACACUGAGCCUUUAACCAUCCAGUUGGUGGGAAAUUCAGUCUCAUUCAUUGGUAGGGUUCUUCACCUUCUCAGGUAUUACUAAAGGUCCCAGAAUGUAAUUGGUGGGAAGAGUUGGAUAAGGGUCCUAGUCUAGGCUGCUGUCCACCCUGGUCUCCAAUAAACACACUGUCCAUUCAUUCCCACAUGGUGUCCUGAAGGUAGGCAGAGGACAUCUGUGCAUGGCUUCCAAGGCCACAAACUGGGAUUUCGCCAUCCUGACAUUGUCCCGUCCCCUUCCUGGGGUGAUGCCUAUAAACCAGAAACCCUCCUAGAACCCUGCCCCAUCUCUUAGUCUCAGGAAUCUUCCUCUCCCCUUGGAUUCCACAGCUUUCUCCUGUAAACUUCAAGCAUUUACCUCUAUCACUUUCUACAUAAUUCUCCCUGAGCCAAAGCUAUUGCAAAAAAAAAAAAAAAAAAAAGCCUGAGAAGGAGAAAGUUGUGUUCUCUUGCCUGGCAACUGCUGCUUCCUCCUGCAACACAAAAGGCAUGUAGGCAAAGAAAUGCAAGAUCUGGCUUCAUUCUCAACCUGAGAAGGGGAAAAACAUCUAUAGCAGCGAGAACAAAGGACAAAUUACUCUCUCUGUAAAGUGGCCAGCCAUUUUAGUAACGAGACCAUAACAUCUUAUGCUAAGUCAUGAGAUUUGAAAAUAGAAGUAGAAAAUAGAACCAUAAGUCAUGAAUUUUCUUACUUACUUAACAAACAUUGAUAAAGGACCUAUUUGCUAAUCGCUGAACUAAUUGUCCAUCCCUAAUGCAAUUAUUAAGGUGUUUGACCCCAACAAUAGCCUUAUACAGGGUUGAUAGAAUGUAAAAGUAGAAGCAUUCACAACCUUUCCCUAAUAUCAUCUUUUAAUACUGGCAGUGGCUAAAAGGACUCCUACUUUCUAUUGUUUCUGGAUUUUUUUUUAAGAUUUUAUUUAUUUAUUUAUUUGACAGAGAAACACACAGCCAGAGAGGGAACACAAGCAGGGGGAGUGGGAGAGGGAGAAGCAGGCUUCCCGCUGAGCAGGGAGCCCCAUGCAAUGCAGGGCUCCAUCCCAGAACCCCGGGACCACGGCCCGAUCAGAAGGCAGAUGCCUAACGACUGAGCCACCCAGGCACCCCUGGAUUUUUUUUUUAAUAUCCCCCAUUUCUCUUCCUUUACCAUCUCUUGAUUAUUGUAAAGAAAGCUCUCACUCCCAACUUAAUUGUGUCUUUUACCUUCCACAGAGCUGCUCUGUUGAUAAACACUGUAAUUGUUUUUCAUAGUUCAUGACAGAAUAAAAAAUCACAAGUGAGAAAUGAUCUAUAGUGACAAGAGAACACAAAUGCACUGUAACAUUCCUCAGGAAAUAAGCUAAUCAUCCAUCUUUUACAGAGAAAUAUGCAAAUUCCCUCUACUGAUAAAAGUGAUCUUUUCAGAUGGGUCGGAGAAGCUCAGUUGACACGAGGAUAAAUAUUGUUUGAAAGAUAACUGCUAGGAUUGAGAUAACUUCUGUUCUGCAAUGUAUUGCCCACUUUGGGCAGUUUGAAUCCGUAUAGAGGCCUUUGUACAGGAUUAAAAUAAUGUUGUAAUUACCACAUCAAUGUAGGAAAUGCCCUAACAUAAAAAAUACCAAUAUACAUGUAGAAAAGUUCUGAGGAAAUUGUAGGUAGAGAAUUCCUAGCUAGAAUGGCAUUGCGUAAAGAAAGUAUUAAGAGAAUAUGAUUAUAAAAAGAAUAAUUUAUGGUAUUAAAAGAGUACAAGCCUUAGAAGCAAACAUUUUAUUGGAAGUCAUUCAACCAACAAACUUUUUUAUAUUAGAAAUGGCAUUCCUUCUCCCUGAAUUCAGUCAUGUUCCCUCUUCUCCCAACUUCCUGUUCUCACUCUGUCUUGUUCUAAUAUUGCUAGCAUUGAUCCUUUCUUCAUUGCCAGGGGAGUGUCUUGGCAAGUGAAAGCCAAAAUGUGAGUUUUCUCCUUCAAAACUCUCUUUAUAGAAACCCCCUUUGAGUAGUAAUGGAUGUGUGCUACAUAUUGAUGCUUUAGAACAGCACUGAAUAAUAGAAACACAAUGCAAGCCACGAAUAAGGACCACAUAUGGGUUUUAAAAUAAACAUAAAAUUAAUUCUAAUAAAAUUUAGUUAACCCAGUGCUGUGAAAAAAAAACACUUCAACAUGUAAUUAAUAUUUUAAAAAUUAUUAAUGAGAUAUUUUUCAGUUUUUUUUUUUAAGUAUUUGAAAUCUGAUGUGUAUUUUACCCUUACAGCACAUCUCAGUUUGAACUAGAUACAUGUCGAGUUUCAACAGCCAUAUGUGGCCGGUGGCUACCAUAUUGGACAAUCACACUUUACACCACAAGACAAAAUUUUUGAAGCAGAAAGAAAGUUUUGGAUUUUUUUUUUAAGUUUUUUUAAUUUGCAAGAUUCACUUUCAGGUUAUUGUGAAGAAAAGAAAGUCAUCUUUCUUAUAAGUCUACAUCUGACUGUUUUUGUAUGUGUGCUGAAUUGAUCAAGGAUUUUUCCGAAAUGUUUUAUUUGCAGACCUGUCUUAACAGCAGCACCCCAGACUGGUUCCAAAACCAUCCUAUACUAAAUGAACUAGUUCAUCUUCUAAUAAAAUUUCUAAAGAAGGAAUCUGACAACACACUUAGAAUAUAAGUACUGUUAGAUUGGGGUAGGAGUGCCUUUUAAAUUUUUUAUUAAAAUUUUUGUUACAAGUGAUUGUAUUUAAAACAAAAAUAAAUUCAUUAAUACAGAAGGGUA